AGCACCCAGUUAGUCGCAAAACUGCUGUGGAAGAAGUCGUUUGAUAUUUAAGAAUAAAUCAAAAUUGGAAAAAUAGUUAAACACAGCAAUGUUAAAAACAAGAAUUUGCCAAAUCACCACAAAAAAUUCUAAUUUUCGAAGUAUUAUUCUGCUCAAUUCCGCCCCAGCUCUAAAGAAUCAAUGGCGUUCGCGUUCAUCAAUUGCCGCCACGACAGAUAUAAACAAUGGCGAAGCGAAUAUUGCCAACAGUCAAACGGAAUGGGAACAGGCCAAACCAUUCGAAGAAAUGCCCAAAAUGAGUGGUUUCCAAUUUCUUAAGAAUUUUCUUCCUGGAGGAAAGUACUCUAAAUUGGAUACAUCACAACUGAUGUUGGCUUUGAAGGAGGACUUGGGACCAAUUGGUCGUUUGAAAAUUUCUCCCGGCCAACCCUACGCCGUUUUCACUCACAAUCCUCAGGAUUUUGAAAUGGCUCUGCGCAAUGAAGGCAUUUGGCCCGUCCGUCCCGGUUCAGAGGCUUUAUUUUAUCAUCGUAACGUCCAUCGGGCUGAUGUCUUUCAAGGCGUUGAGGGUCUUAUCGGAACGCAAGGCGAAAAAUGGGGCACAUUUCGAUCAACAGUAAAUCCGGUUCUUAUGCAACCCAAGAAUGUACGCCUGUACUUCCAGAAAAUGUCGCAGGUCAAUAAGGAAUUUAUGGAAAGAAUCCGACAAAUUCGCGAUCCUCAAACAUUGGAAGUUCCCGACACUUUCGAAGAAGAAAUGAAUCGCUGGACCUUGGAAUCAGUAUCGGUUGUGGCACUGGAUAAACAAUUGGGUUUGAUUAGUGAAAAUCGUGAUAAUCCCACAGCAAAGCGUAUGUUCCAAGCUUUGACCGAUUUCUUUAACUACUCCCUGGAAAUUGAAUUCAAACCUUCGAUUUGGAAAUAUUACAAAACAAAAACGUUCAAAAAUUUAAUGAAAAGUCUAGAUGAAAUAACGGAUAUAACCAGGGAUUUUGUUGAAGAGGCCAUUGUUCGGCUGGAAGAAGAGCGGAAGAUGGGAGUGCCUGAGAAACCGGAUAGUGAGAAAAGUGUUUUGGAGAAACUGAUUAAAAUCGACAAGAAAAUUGCCAUGGUUAUGGCCAUGGAUAUGUUGAUGGCUGGGGUGGAUACGACCUCUACAACGUUUACUGGGCUCCUACUGUGCUUGGCCAAGAAUCCCGAGAAACAAGAAAAACUACGCGAAGAAGUGCGAAAACUUUUGCCCCACAAGGAUUCCGAGUUUAAUGAAGCUGUUUUCAAAAAUAUGCCCUAUUUGAGGGCCUGCAUCAAGGAGUCGCUGCGUGUCUAUCCCUUGGCUAUUGGCAAUGCUCGUGAACCUGUAAAUGAUGUGGUAUUAAGUGGUUACCGGGUACCCAAGGGAACGCGCGUUUCAAUGAUUUCUACUUCAUUGCUAAACGAUGAUAAUCAUUAUCCCAGAGCUAAGGAAUUUUUGCCGGAACGUUGGCUAAGACCAUCCAAAGAGACUGACGGUACCGCCGAAUGCCCACACGCUUUGAAGGCUAGCAGUCCAUUCAUUUAUUUACCUUUCGGAUUUGGUUCACGUAGCUGCAUUGGCCGUCGCAUUGUAGAAAUGGAGUUGGAACUGGGCAUUGCACGUCUGAUACGCAACUUCCAAGUGGAAUUCAAUUAUCCCACCGAAAACGCUUUCAAGAGUCUUUUGAUUAAUGUUCCCAAUAUUCCAUUGAAAUUUAAAUUUACCGAUAUCAAAGAUUAGGAUUUUCGCUUUUUAGGACCAGAUUUUAAAAAAUGUAUGUGUCACGAUUUGUAAAUUGAUUAAUAAAUAUCGAUUGUAAAUAUUACAA